UGCGCAGAACUCCCUUCCGUCAAGCCCUUCGUCCACCACUACGAGGAGUGUGUCGAGAGAGUCACCAAGGAACAAGAAGAACCAGGCUACGAGGGAAACGCUGAAAAAAGCACACCCCACCAGUAAUAGAAAGUUUCAAGCAGAAGUCUCCGACCCUCGAUUGCUCAUUAAUCAACAACUUAACGAUCAUAAAAUCAUGUUAAUGAAACCAUUCCACCAUCUCCCCCUUCUUUAUUCUCCAUACCUCAUCCAUUAUAAAGAAUUUUACCCAAAAAAUCUCAAGGGAUCCUAUGUAUAUCUAUACAGUGUUUACUCUAUCAACUUAGAGACUUAUAGUUUUCUCUUCCUUCCUUUUUUUAUUUAUUAUUUCAAUUCUAUUUAUUACAACCAUAACUCCUCUCAUAUUUGCAUAAAGUUUGGUGUUAUCAUCAUCAUCAUCUCACCCACAGAAACGUAAAAAAGAGAUCCAAAACAAGAUUACGUAACCGCACUGCUUGCGCCGUAACCUAUUUUGUUGUU